UUCAAUAAGUGUUCAAAAUGUUGCCCGUUAGGGUUUGCCAAAUCUACAAUUCGUUUAUAAUUUAAAACGGAAACUACCUACAUAAACAGCAAUUCCGAAGAUUAGACGUGGAAAAAACUAAAUAAAUUAUGAAUUUUUUCCGUUAUCUUCAUCAACACAGAUAUCCUGGGCGAACUGUAUUUAUUGUUAUACCUGCUUAGUUACUUAUAGAAGAGGGAAACCUGAAAAAACUUCACACAUUAUCAAAGAGUGGUAUUUACAGAUUGCAGUGUGAUUCUUGUGAUUGCUCAUAUGUGGGACGCACUUGUAGACCCUUAAAAACACGCAUAGCCGAGCACUUAAGUAGACCCUCAAGACAUUUAUAUCACCAACGAGCUCAUAAAAAAUCUCUCUUGUUUAAAUAUACAAGUGAACCUUAACAGACCUUACGUUCCAUUACAUAGAAGACUCCACAAAUUUAAAAAAAAAUUUAUAAGCAUUGGCAACUUUCUAAUUUAAAAGUUCGCUUUACAUACUUAAAGGAUAACAACUUCCUUAUCCGAACAAAAAUUCACUGUUGUAGUCUAAUUUGUGUCACCAAUUUAUAACCAACUCGCCCUACCGCACAUCAUUUACGAUAAUGACAUCUAGACCGAUCUGUCGCUACUACCACUCUGAUAGGUUCGCAUAGUAUAAAUAUUAAUUUUAAAGUAAAGUUAACUGUAGGCUAACCUAAUUUGACACACAUUUUUUCCCGCCAUCUAAGAAACCACAAUAAAUGUAAACAAAACACAAGGAGACCAACGUUCUCCCCUUUUUAAAUCAGUGUUCUGUACAGUCUUAAGUGUCAAUGUUCAGUGUUCUGCAGUGGAAUUCUAAUUCAUGAUUUCGUGACAUCACGUAACGACUACGGACAAUUUGCGAUUCUAAUGCGUUAAAGGCACUCGAUACCUCUCGUUUUGAAAUGUCAAAUUAGUCGAGACCACCGGAGAUCCCGAUUAUGGAAAUCUAACCUCAAUUUUUUGAUGAGCGUCCGGCUUUUGCUUAAAAAAAACAUGUCAUUUAAAAUUAAUGAAAACCAUUUACGAGUAUUUGUGGAGUUUAUGGAAGAAAACCCGGAUUUAGCAAGAGGGAGGUUAUCUUGCUCCAAUGCAAAAGAACAAUUUAAGAGAUUAUGGGCAAAACUGGCCAAUAAUCUAAAUUCUCUUGGUUAUGGGACUAGAACUAUAGAAAAAUGGCAAAGGACGUGGUCUGACUAUAAACAGGGACUUAAGCUGCAGAUAUAAAAAGGGAGCGAAUGAAGACGGGGGCUGGGCCAGCAUAUCCUGAUAUGCUAUCAGAUACUGAUCAAAGAGUUAUCCUUAUUUUGGGAAAAACAUUUUUUGAAGGAUGUGGAGUGGAGGAGAAGGGUUUUGCUCAUGGAAAAUAUUAUCCAGAGGAAGAACCCGUUAGUGGUCCAUCGAGUGCUCCAUCAAGUAUAGUGGAUGCUCGGUUCAAUGGUAGUUUAUACAAUAGUGAAUACACACAGCCCGGACCCUCAAAUAUUUCUAUGCAGAUUCCUACAGAAAAUAAAGCAUUAGAAGAACAAACCAACAAGCCACGACCACAAAAAAGGAGUAUUUCACAACAGCUUCAUAUAGUCGAUCAUGAUUAUUUAGUCACACCAAGAACUAAAAGGCAAAAGGUUACUCCCACAAAUGAAAUCUAUUAUCAAGAGACAAUAAAUCUAUUAAAAAGUAUCGACAGUCAUUUAGAAACCCUAAAUCAUACCCUAAAUGAAAAAUUAGGCGAUAUAACAGAGGCCAGCAGACAGAGACACUCUUAAAGGAACUUUCACUUUUUAGGGAUGAUAUUCGACCUAACUUUACUCUACAAGACGAAAGAACUUUACUCUAUAACACAAGAUGUCAUUGUCACUACUAGUUGUAGUGACAAUGACAUCUUGUGUUCCUUUCUUAAUAAAAGCAAACUAUUACUGGUUAUUUUUUUAGCUUUAGAAUAUUUUUUUUAUUUAGAAUGUUGUUUUUGUUUUUACGUUUCUAGCCGCAAUAACAUGUGUUCCUAUAGAGUUAAGGUAAAGUAUUAAUGUGUAUUUUUUCUGCUACAGAAUAUAAAUAAAUCAUAUUUGUUUUUGUAGGUCUUUUUUUAUUAAGCAAAAUUUAACUUUUAAAGCAAAAAAAAAAUUAAAAAAAGAAAAAUAGCUUCAAAGUAUGUGUUAAAAAA